UACGUCAAAACACAAAAAAAUCACCUGUUGUUGUUUACCUUUUCUGCUGGUAAUAUUCGCUUCACAAUCGUAUUCACAGUUCAUAAUGUCGCGUUUUAGCAGUGCUCUUCAGCUUACCGAUUUGGAUGAUUUCAUCACUCCUUCACAGGAAUGCAUCAAGCCCGUAAAAAUUGAAACGAGCAAGAGCAAAACAGGGGCAAAGAUAACGAUACAAGAUGAUGGUUCAUACGUGCAGGAAUCUACGAGUGGUAUUCAGAAGCUUGAAAAGGUGGAAAUUACCCUAGCUGAUUGUUUGGCCUGUUCCGGCUGCAUCACGUCCGCGGAAGGGGUGCUGAUUUCACAACAAAGCCAGGAAGAGCUGCUGCGUGUGAUGAACGCGAAUAAUAUGGCCAAGCUGAACAAUCAACGAGAUGAGAUCAAAUUUGUCGUUUUUACCGUUUCGCAACAACCCAUCCUAUCGCUGGCACGAAAGUAUAAUCUUACACCGGAAGACACGUUCGAACAUAUCUCGGGAUACUUCAAGAAACUGGGUGCAGAUAUGGUACUAGACACGAAAAUAGCAGAUGAUUUAGCACUGAUCGAAUGUCGCAACGAGUUCGUUGAACGUUAUAACACUAACCGGAAAAUGCUACCCAUGCUUGCUUCAUCGUGCCCGGGAUGGGUUUGUUAUGCGGAGAAAACGCACGGAAAUUUCAUCCUCCCGUACAUCGCAACCACACGAUCACCGCAACAGAUCAUGGGUGUGCUGAUAAAGCAAUAUUUAGCCAAGCUGAUGCAAACUACCGGUGACAGAAUCUACCACGUUACCGUAAUGCCUUGUUACGACAAAAAGCUUGAAGCGUCGCGUGAAGACUUUUUCAGUGAGGUGGAGAACAGCCACGAUGUGGAUUGUGUUAUCACCUCGAUUGAAAUCGAACAAAUGCUCAACAGCCUCGGUUUGCACACGCUUCAACUCGUGGAUAAAGCGGCUAUCGAUUGGCCCUGGCCUACCGCCAGACCACCUGCCUUCGUUUGGGGCCACGAAUCGUCCGGAUCGGGAGGCUACAGUGAAUACAUAUUCAAGUACGCAGCAAGAAAACUGUUCAACAUUCAGCUGGAUACUGUCGCGUUUAAACCGUUACGGAACAAUGAUAUGCGGGAAGCAGUGUUGGAACAAAACGGACAAGUGUUGUUGCGCUUUGCCAUUGCAAACGGUUUCCGUAACAUCCAGAACAUGGUGCAGAAGCUGAAAAGAGGCAAAAGUACCUACGAUUACGUGGAAAUAAUGGCCUGCCCAUCCGGUUGCUUGAACGGUGGUGCCCAAAUUCGUCCAGAAGAGGGGCAAACUGCUCGCGAACUAACAGCAGAGUUGGAAAAUAUGUACCGCUGCUUGCCACAGUCCAACCCGGAGAACGAAAGCGUUGAAACCAUGUACGCCACAUUCUUCGACGUUGAUGGUGAUUUGAACAAACGGCAAAGUUUGCUUCACACAAGCUACCAUCAGAUCGAAAAAAUCAACACAGCUCUCAACAUAAAAUGGUAAAAGGAAAGAUAUGGAUACCAUGGAGAAACAUGCUGUUAUCGAAUGUAGAUACACAUAUAGGUGCUGUUGUAAAAAAAAACGUUCUCUUAUAAGGACAACUAAACAAGACAAAAUAAACAAAACAGCUAUCCCCGGUACCGAUCGGCAGUAGCUGCUAGACUACGAAGAAAGUCAAAACAAGCAUAAACCGGUUCCCCCCACCCGGGGGAGGGGGGAAGACGAUACUGGAGCAAUGAUUGCAUUGCGUGUGAUGAUGGUAGAAACUGUGGGCCGGAACGUCGCUUUGUGGAAGCACGCGAUCCCGAACACACCCCAACGAAAGAACACGAUUCUGCAAACGGGUUUCUCCCCAGGGCAUAAGGCUGCUGAUCUUGACAUUCAAUCGCAACUGGCUAUCAAUUCGUGGCCAUUGCAAGUUCAUUCCAUUAGCCGGUACUUUGUAGAAGAUAUAAAGAAUCCCAUCCGUACCGUAUCAGCGUCUUCUUGUCUCCUCCUAUUGACGGAACAAUGUGAAGUAUACGUUUUUUUUUAUUGCUGUUCCGUGUACCAACCAAGCGUACGGAUACAAUGGAUAAGCGUUAUAAAUAUUAAUUGAUACCCACCAAUGCAAGCUAGCGAGCAAAUGUGAGAAUA